CUCCACUCUAAAGCACGAAAUCAACACGUCCACGUAACGAUCAUAUAUUCAUGCAGUGAUAUAGUCGUUUAACAGAAAGAUCACUCCGUCAAUCUUUCCACCACUGUGACUAAAUCUAAACAAUUUCAUGGCGAGUCUCUGUCUCUCAUCGUCCCGGAUCGUUUCUCUUCACCACCAGAAACCAUUCCUCUCUCUUAAACUCCGGUCUCGUCCUUCAGAUCUCUCCGGUCUAGGUCGCCACACGAGUCCUGUUUGCUUCAAUCCGCUUAGGUUAUCGGGUGAUCGUCAGCGAACCGCUACGGUAUCAACGAGGGUGGAGAAGCGGCGAAAGAGAGGAUCGAGUGUGGUCUGUUAUGCUGCUCCGAUUUCUGCCAAUAGUCUACAAUGGAUCUCCACCAUUUCUUGCCUUGCAUUGAUGCUUGCAAGGGGUACUGGUAUACAUAAGUCAGUUGUUGUUCCACUAUUCGCUCUCCACGCACCAUCGAGCAUCGUCGCCUGGAUUAAGGGAGAGUAUGGUGUAUGGGCAGCAUUCUUGGCGCUUAUUGCUCGACUUUUCUUCACUUUUCCAGGUGAACUUGAGCUUCCAUUCAUCGCAUUACUCUUGGUGAUUGUGGCGCCAUAUCAAGUCAUGAACAUAAGAGGGAAGCAAGAAGGGGCAAUCAUAGCAAUAGCAAUAUCUGGUUUUCUGGCUUUCCAACAUUUCUCACGAGCAGGGAGCUUGGAGAAAGCAUAUGAGAAGGGUUCAGUUCUUGCCACUGUAGCCAUUAUUGGUGUCACAGUUGUAUCGCUCCUUUUGUUGCUAUAACUAUAUGCUCCUGACCAAAAAUGUUAAUCAGUGUAAGAAUGUGUGUGAAGGAAAAAAAAGAAAGAUGUGCUUGCAUUUAUCCGCUCUUUAAGAAAUGCUGGUACAUUUUUGGCAACUAUUCGCUGGCAAUAAAAAUGAUCUUUCAUGUACAAACGUAAAAACAAUACACAUUUAAAAUCUUUGGUCGACAUGGGAUUGGGAUAUUUAAAAGCUGAC